AUGCCAUGGAGGAGAGUAAGACACGAUCUGUUCCAUGCACCAGUAGAUAGCUCAUCCUGCAGUUCCUGCGAAGCGUUUGAUGGCCCCGAAGACAGCGACGGCCCAGCAUCUAUGGCAGCCGGAGGACCUGUCCGCGUGAAAACCAUGUUUGAUGGCGUUGGUUCUACUGGGAUCGAAGAAGGCCCACUUUCUGCUAUGAAUACGGGUCAAAAGCUCCUGGCCAAUACUAUAGAUACAAAACCUGGAGCAAUACCGCUCCGCCGACACACUCUACCUAACGCAGACAAUGUACCGCGAAAAUCUCACACACAUACCCCGUCCGGCCGGAGGAAGCGAACCGCUUCUCGUUCCGUCCGCGCUUUCUUCUUGCUUACGCAGAAGCAGGCUACAACUAGGAAAUGGAUUUAUGCUGUAUAUGUUUAUAUCUGCGUUAUUGGCGCUGUAUUCCUUCCCCUUCCCUUUGUUGGCGUCAAGACCGUUAUUGCAGAUGACGCACUUCGUGGCCAUGAUCCUAUAGGAUGGGCUUUGGGCUAUUUAUUCGGAGAUCUGCCACAAUUUAGAUGGGAAGUUGUUAGUCGGAAUUUAGAGCGAUGGAUAUGCCUUCCUUUAAGACCAUCUGACGAACUUGAACAUCUUUCGAUGGGUUGGGUCAACGACCUCCGCCAGUUGUAUGUUGGCCAGGCUAAUACACGCCUUUUACUGAGCGCGUAUUUCGUGGGUGUCAUCGCAAUCGGAUUGAUAGUAGUGUUUCGGCUAUCGCCUAUCUACGAGGUAGAUACGCGGCGAAAGGUUUUCCAUUUCAUGAUGGUCGCCAUGUUCCUGCCGGCUACUUACGUAGAUCCUACGUUUACGGCCUUAGCAUUAUCCGUCGUCCUUGCUCUCUUCCUUCUGCUCGACCUUCUCCGCGCAAGCCAACUUCCUCCGCUGUCGAGGCCGCUGGCUUUUUUCCUUGCCCCGUACGUCGACGGACGAGAUCUUAGAGGCCCGGUUGUUAUCUCGCAUAUAUUCCUUCUUAUAGGUUGUGCGAUUCCUCUGUGGCUAUCGCUGGGUUCUCUCCCUCGUGCCGGGUCUGGAUGUCUCGACGGCUGGGAGGUGCUUACGAGAGAAGUUAGCAUGGUGUCGGGUGUCGUAUGUGUGGGGCUAGGCGACGCAGCCGCUUCUUUGAUUGGAAGACGUUAUGGACAGCGGAAAUGGCUGUGGGGUGGCGGUAAGAGUCUCGAGGGGAGCGUAGCCUUCGCGUUUGCUGUCUUUGCGGGACUUGCCGCCGCCCGUCUAUGGCUACGCAUCGGCGGGUGGCCUCAGACAACCGGCAACUCCGACACAUGGAGCACUGCGGCCCAGAAGAUGGGGAUAUGUGCCGCUACCGCCAGUCUCACGGAGGCAGUCUUGACUGGCGGCAACGAUAACGUCGUGGUACCUGUGGUCCUAUGGACAUGUGUAAAAGGGUUUGGUAUUUAG